UGUGCCUGUUCCAUUUCCUCAGAUGCCAUCCUCCUGCUCCUCAUCCUGCACUACAACGGCAGCCUGAAGCAGAGCCUCCUCUACACCUUGCUGUUUGUUGGGGUUUGGAGGCUCCUCACUCUAGAGAAGUGGAUCAUAGAUUCGGCCAUGAGCCUGUGUACAUUCAUCAGUGCAGCCAGUAAAUUUGCCCAGCUGCUGUGCAUGUGGAAGUCUAAGGACGCAGGACAGGUUAGCGCCCUCUCCUGGGCAAUGGCUACCUUCACAUGUAUAGCACGGAUUUACACCACCACAGUGACAACUGGAGACAUGCAGGUUCUGGUGCGGUUUGUCGUCAUGACGCUGCUCAACAUGUGGGUGCUGCUCACCGUGCUCUACUACCAGAGGCAGCGCAGCAUCAGCUCCAAGAAGGAGGACUAAAGCUGGAGGGGGACCCUGAGCCGGACUGUCCUGUAAACCAGUAAAGGCAGCUUUCUUUUUUAAAGUAACCCAUCAAAUGUGCUUUUUUUACCUCAGUUUUAAACCCACGUAUCUUUUUAUAACAUUUCAGUGACAAAAAAGCCAAUCCUUUUUCCUACUGUAUGUGACAGAAUGUAGUGUUAUUAGAUAAAGAACAUUUUUCUAUGCAAUAUGAGAAAUACUGUAAUCUGUAAAGCUUUCCUUAUCUGAACUAUUUUAAUAAAACAUUACGUUGUG